AUGAUGGAGGAUCGGUUUGAGUGCGAGAAGAAACAGGGUAUGUCAUGUGAAGAGUCUGGUGUGGCAGAUCUUCACUAUGAUCUCACACGGACAUGGGUUAUCGACAAGCCUGCGGCUAUACAGUGUUUGAAAAGCAAGAGGUUAUAUGGUACAUGUUCAAGAGGCGCAAAAGCAGCGACCGAAACUGUAGAUGCAUUGCGGAGUGGAGCUUCUGCAAUGAAAGCAAUGCAGAAAGCAACAAAUAUCAGUGAUGUGGACAAGACCAUGGACGAGAUCAAUGAGCAUAUCCAAGAAGCAUUGCAACUCCAAUUGGAUGCGCUUGAAGCAGAGCUUGAAGAACUCGAACGUGGCGAACUUGAAAAGCAACUUCUUCAGCCGACAACAACCGCUCCAUUGCCUUCAGUUCUCGUGCUUGGUGGGCAUCAACCCGCCCCCGUCCUCUACCUGAAAAGCAGCGGACCACUAUUGAAGACAAACUUGCUGCAUUACAAGCUGAGAUGGCCCUUUAAGUUUACCCGCAGGUUAUAUUCACCUCAACGAGCAGACCUGUAUGCAUUUGUAAAACAAGACCGUAAAAAUCAUGCCGCUUUGAUAUCGGAAAUUGAAAACCGUGUCGUCUUUUAG